AUGGCUAAAGGUAAAGCCACAAAUAAAGACAAGCCAUUGAAGUCUAUACUAAAGAAACCAAAACCCAAAGCAUCUCAAUCCACGGAAGAAACCGAAACAUCAAUAGAGCAGCGGCCACCACCACCCAAACCCAAGGUAUAUGUCAACAAAGAUCAAGAUGGGAAGAAAUACUCUUUGUUUAAUAUAUGGAUAAUUCUAUUAGCUCUUAAAUUGUUAAUUGCCAUCGGAUAUCAUUCGACUGACUUUGAUGUUCAUAGGAAUUGGCUCGCGAUUACCCACAACAUACCCAUGUCAAAAUGGUAUAUCGAAAAGACUUCUCAAUGGACAUUGGAUUACCCUCCAUUUUUCGCUUACUUCGAAUGGGCUUUAUCUUAUAUGGUUCCUGAUUUUGUAAAGAGAGAUGGUUGCUUAGAUAUCGUUGAAAAGGGAGUAUAUGGUUUACCAACAGUAUAUUUUCAGAGAAUCACAGUUAUUGUCAGUGAAAUUGUUUUGUUCUUGGCAUUGCAACACAUUAUCGACACUUGUCCAACACACGCUGUCAGAAGAAGAACUUACGUUGCUACUGCAAGUCUCGCAUUGUCCCCAGGUUUGAUAAUUAUUGAUCAUAUCCACUUCCAGUAUAAUGGAAUGAUGUAUGGAAUAUUAUUGCUCAGUAUUAAUUCUGCUAGACUUCAGAAUUACUUGAUGUGUGGAUUUUGGUUUUCGGUAUUAUUAUGCUUCAAACAUAUAUACCUAUAUUUGGCUCCGGCUGUUUUUGUCUUCCUUUUGAGAGCGUACUGUUUGCGUUUUAACUAUGAUAAGAAGAGAAACUGGAUUGUUAAUGUUUUCAAUUUUGUUCAAUGGAAAAAUCUAUUUAAACUAGGAUCAGUUGUUGUUGCUGUAUUCGCAGUUGCAUUUGGCCCCUUCGUUUAUUAUCAGGCUAUGCCCAAUUUGUUAGAACGAUUGUUUCCAUUUAGUCGUGGAUUGACUCAUGCUUACUGGGCACCAAACAUGUGGGCCAUCUAUUCAUUUUUCGAUCGAUUUUUCAUCCAGAUCUAUAAACGUGUACCAAUGGCAAAAUACCCUUUACAGAAAAUAUUCCAGGUUGAUCCAGAGCUACUUGCCAAUGAGCAGGCGUUGCGAUCAUCCACAAGAGGAAUUGUGGGAGAUAUAGAAUUCUUUAUUCUUCCAACAAUAACUCCCAAGUUGACUUUCUUGCUCACAUUAUUUUAUCAAAUAAUGGCUUUAAUACCAUUAUUCCUCCAACCAAACUAUAGACGUUUUGUCGGUGCUUUGACAUUAUGUGGUUAUGCUUCUUUUGUUUUCGGAUGGCAUGUACAUGAAAAAGCAAUCUUAAUUGUUAUAUUCCCAAUGUCAUUACUUGUAGCGAGGGAUAAGAAGCUUCUUUCCCCAUAUAGUUUAUUGGUCAGUUGUGGAUAUGCAUCCCUCUUCCCAUUAAUAUACACAGCCAAUGAAUGGUUAUUGAAGGUAGCAUAUACGUUUUUAUGGUAUAUAAUAUUUUACUUCAAUUUCAAGAAGGUUGUUCGUAUACCUAAAACAAUGGAAUCGCAAGGAGGAAUUAUAUUAGAUAGGGUCGUGAACGGAUAUAUCCUAGGAUUAGUUAUUGUGAUUACUUUUACCAGUUUGGUUGAUCUUUUCAAGAAUAAAUUCCCAGUGUUGAAAAAUUUAGAAUUCUUGAAUUUGAUGAUUUACAGUGUUUAUUGUGCGGUUGGGAUAAUAAGCAGUUGGAAUGGUUUCAGCUGGCUAUACUUUGUUGAAGACUCUAUAUGGAGCGAGGAUGUGUAG